AGUGCAUGAUAUACUUAUACACUUGACAUUUAGCAUUCACUUGCAAGAAGUGGUCGUAGCACCUAGCAUCAUUCAGAUUUACGCACAGGACGCGACCACCCCGCUGUAGCUAAAUCUCAGCAACCAGGAGGGGAACGGCUUUUUACCUGUUGCACCUGCUUCCCUACAACUCGCCAACUACUUACACCUGCUUGACACUCCUCCUCUACAGGUAGAACGCUGCCCAAUAAAAACAUGUCCACGCGCACUACAGCAUCUGCAUCCUCAAAAAGGCGAGCCCCUACGGCGUCCGCUGCGAAGAUCACGCUGUUGACAACUCUCAUCACUGAUUUCAGUCCCUCUCCGCCCUCACUUGUCUUCGCGAUGAAGCAGCACCAGACGCAUCGGCGGCUGGCGCUGGACAGCCGAAACACGAUGCGAAGCCUGCGGGCCGCCACGCGCGUCCAGAGGAGGUCUGGGCAGAAAAUGUUGUUUGGAGAUAACAUUAACAAGAAAAAAUCGACUCGGAAGACAACAACAGCUUCCAAAGCCGACGAUGAGGAUGGAGGUGAUGGCGACGAUGAGGAUGGGUAUGAUGAUGAUGGUGAUGAUGAUGACGGUGAUGAUGAUGCCGAAGGAAGAUCCACCCAACAGACAGUUGGCGGAGAACCGAUUCUCGAUGGAGAAGCUGGCUCGAGCUUCGGCCCCCCGCCUCCCCCGCCGCGCGGUGGUCUUACUGAAAAUAAAUCGGACCCGGUGUUGAAAGCGUUGGGAGAAGUCACUCAGGGAUUGGAGGAAAACAAUUCCAAAAUCGCGGACCUGGAAAAGGAGCUUACUGACAUGACUAUCCAAUGCAAAUACUGUUCAUUCUGUUGAGAAAUCACUGGAUUUGUGAUGCGAGAGUUCAAGAACGACGGCUGGGGGAUCAUGAUCUGUGGUGCAUGUUGUCAUGAUGGGUAGCAGUCCUACCGAAAAACUUGAGACGCGUUCUUGCCGCGCAAACAAAGCGACGCUCUGUCAUGCAAGGCGCAGUAUGACAAUGUUGACAAGAAGAAGAACUCGCGCAGCGCUUUCUUCCUGACUGAGCCAAGAACACAUUUGCAUUGCAUAAUGAAAGAGGAGGAGCAAAACAACUGGAACUGGUUUUGGUACGGCGGGACCCACGACGGGAAGGACCAUCCUGGGAUGGACCACAAGAUCGACGAAAUGCUGCAGAAGCAGGAUGAUGUUUUGAAAAAACUGCCGUCGCAAUAAGAGCAUUCGACGUUUUACUUGCAGCUGAUUGAUCAUGGUGGCGGCAACUACACGUUGUACUAUCCCGGAGAUAAAGUAGAGCUCUAGCAUAGCAUGAGGUUCGUAACAAGUGCAAAUAUUCUGGGCACUUAAAUGUUUUUUUUCAUUCUUUCCCUUCACCUUGUACAUACCUGUUAUUUAUACUCUCGUUCUCGCUCCACUAGCAGUGGCAGAAGUACGUCUUGCAUUAUACCGAAUUUUGCGUACUACAAUCUUCCUCUGGCGACAAUCUCCCGGCUGGCGAAAAGAUAGGAAGACCGGCCUUCAAGCGCAGCCCCGCCCCACCCAAGUACAAGUAGAACUCUUUUCCUGCAUCAUUCCGGUAUUCCCCCGCGAUGAAGGCAGAAUAAACCCACCAUGUGCAUAAUUCAAAAAUGGUACUACUCCCAGCGGCAAGUUGUACCACCCACAAAAAAAAUUUUUCCCCACCCGCGUGGAAGGAACAAAAACAACGCUAGAACAAUUUUCCUCUUCGCUAUCCGCCUUCAUGAUAGGUCGCCAUAUCCCGGCUUAAGAAACAAAAAUGGUUUCGAGUUCGAGGAACCGUGUGUGCCGAAGAUUUCUUCGACCCGGAAAAUACUGCAUGGCACAAAAGGAAAAACGG